GUUAAUGCAGAUGGCACUAUAUGAAUAUUUAAACCAAAAGAUCCAGUUAAUUUUUAGUGAAUAGAAUUAACUUUGAUAUUUAAACAUGUUGAUACCUCCCCUCCCUAUCUCCCUGCUCACCCCUUCCCCCCCCUACCCCCAUGCUAAAACCAACCAAUCUCAGCAUCUAAACUCUUUACAUUCAUUCUACGUGGAUUCUGGAAUAAAUGUUUAGGGCGUGUUUGGAAAAAUUACCUUCUAUGCCUCUGGAACCAGUAAUUAAGUAAUGGACAAAAGACAACAUCUGUGAACAGAGUAUCUGCCAAGCACGAGCUGCUGUAAUGGUCUAUGAUGAUGCCAAUAAGAAAUGGGUACCAGCUGGUGGAUCAACUGGAUUCAGCAGAGUUCAUAUAUAUCAUCACACAGGCAACAAUACAUUCAGAGUAGUGGGCAGGAAGAUUCAGGAUCAUCAGGUGGUAAUAAAUUGUGCCAUUCCAAAAGGGCUGAAGUACAAUCAGGCUACACAGACCUUCCACCAGUGGCGUGAUGCUAGGCAGGUGUAUGGUCUGAAUUUUGGCAGCAAAGAAGAUGCCAAUGUCUUCGCAAGUGCCAUGAUGCAUGCCUUAGAAGUAUUAAAUUCACAGGAAGCUGUGUUCUAUUUAGGUCCUACAUUGCCUCGACAGAAUUCACAGCUUCCCUCUCAAGUACAAAAUGGUCCAUCACAAGAAGAAUUGGAAAUCCAGAGAAGACAGUUGCAAGAGCAACAGAGGCAGAAGGAGCUGGAACGGGAGAGGCUGGACCGUGAACGAAUGGAACGGGAGAGGCUGGAGAGAGAGAGGCUAGAAAGGGAAAGACUUGAAAGAGAGCGCCUAGAACAGGAGCAACUGGAGAGAGAACGGCAAGAAAGGGAACGGCAAGAGCGCCUAGAAAGGGAGAGACAAGAGAAGGAGAGGCAGGAUCGAGAAAGACUUGAACGACUUGAACGGGAAAGGCAAGAAAGAGAACGGCAAGAACAGUUGGAAAGGGAACAAUUGGAAUGGGAAAGAGAGAGAAGAAUUUCAAAUGCUGCUCCAUCUUUCGACAACUCCCCGUAUAGCACUCCACUUCCUGAAUACUCCAGUUGCCAGCCUCCUUCAGCGCCUCCUCCAUCAUAUGCAAAAGCAGUCUCAGCACCAAUGUCGGAGGCCACACCGGAGUACGCUGUAGUGACUUCUGCACCACCGACUUCCACUCCCCCUACACCGCCUCUAAGGCACUCUGCAUCACGUUUUGCUACUUCUUUAGGCUCAGCUUUCCACCCUGUUCUUCCCCAUUAUGCUACGGUUCCUCGUCCGCUGAACAAAAGUUCUCGGCCCCCUUCUCCUGUCAAUGCUCCGGCGACUUUGCCUCCAAAUACAAAACCUGUUGCCUGGUCUGCGCCCAGUUUUGCCCCCCUUCCCCCGUCUCCCCCAGUCAUGAUAAGCAGUCCACCAGGCAAAGCUACUGGUCCCAGACCAGUCCUCCCAGUGUCGGCGUCUAAUCCAGUGACACAAAUGUCCACGUCUCCCACAGCUCCUAACGGGCUUCCUGAAAACCUGGCUUAUCCGGUUCCUUCACCUUCUACCUCAGGUCCAACUCCGCCUCCGCCACCUCCUCCUCCCCCGCUGCCUUCCUUUCCGCCUCUGUCACUCUCUGGAGCUCAAGCUUCUCCUUCUCCCAACUCCCCGAAUGCCUCGACUCCCUCAUCCAAGCCUAGUGUUCUCCCUUCUCCCUCUGCAGCUACCCCUGCCUCUGUUGAGAACUCUCUAAACUCUGUGCUGGGAGACUCCUCUGCUUCUGAGCCAGUCUUGCAGGCAGCCUCUCAGCCGAUUGAACCUACGACCCAGCAGGGUGUUGUCCAAGGACCACCUGCACCUCCUCCCCCACCCCCCUUGCCCCCUGGCCCAGCUCAGUCUUCGGUAGCAGCCCCACCUCCUCCUGGCCCACCACCACCACCUCCACUUCCACCUUCAGGGCCUCCACCGCCACCACCACCUCCUCCUCCGCUUCCUAGCCAAGUUCCUCCCGUUCCCCUUCCACCUCCUGCUCCUCCCCUCCCUGCCUCUGGAUUUUCAGUGGGAUUUGUGUCUGAAGAAAAUCGCCCUUUAACUGGACUAGCAGCUGCACUUGCUGGAGCCAAACUUAGGAAAGUCUCACGGGGUGAAGACUCCUCCAAUUCAAGUGGAGGAGGAGGAAGCUCUGCUUCAUCUAAAACAGACAGUGGCCGUGGAAAUGGACCGCUUCCCUUGGGAGGCAGUGGGCUGAUGGAAGAAAUGAGUGCCCUACUGGCCAGGAGGAGAAGAAUUGCUGAAAAGGGAACAACAGAACCAGAGCAGAAAGAAGAUAAAACUGAAGAAUCAGAGUCUUCAACUUCUAAGGUUUCUUCAACAAGCACACCUGAACUAACAAGAAAGCCUUGGGAAAGAACAAAUACAGUGAAUGGAAGCAAGUCACCUGUUAUCUCCAGACCAAAAUCUACACCAACGGGGCAACCCAGUGCCAAUGGAGUACAGUCAGAAGGUCUAGAUUAUGACAGAUUGAAGCAGGACAUUUUAGAUGAAAUGAGGAAGGAGUUAACAAAAUUAAAGGAAGAACUCAUUGAUGCUAUCAGGCAGGAACUCAGCAAGUCGAACACUGCAUAGAAAGACUAGUACUAAGCCGAUGUGACUCUUUAACUUGGUAUAAAACUGACUACGUUUUGUGAGCUGUUAGAAGAAAAUGGAGACAGACAGACACUUGGAAGGAGGGAGAAACAACCUAUUCUGAAAAGCUUCAGACACAUCACUCUGGUGAUAUGCUAUUCCCCUCCUAGUUUGCAGCUUUUUUCUGACCUUUACAGCAGGGUGGAAAAGACUCUUAAAGUUACUGUAAUGAUUAUGCAGAAAUUCCUACACCUAUCAGACAAGAUCACAGUGCUUUGAAGUCUACUCAUGUCAAGAUAAAAUUGCACAUGUUUCAGAAUUUGUUGUUAAGACAAAAAACAGGGAAAAGCUUGGGAAGGCUUUUCAGAGAGGUUUUCUUUAUUAAUGAAGGAGUUAGCAAGUUAUACUGUUGUACUUCAAAUGUAUCUCAGGUUUGUCUUCCUAUCAUAUCUGAUAUUUCCAUGAAUAAUUUAAAAGAUCAGAUGUGUAGAAGUUCAGUUCUCAAAACAUGGAGCAAUUAGAGAUGUGUGCUUUUAAAGGGCAAUAUUUGUAAGUGAAUGACCUAGACAGUGACGACAUAUCAAGAUUUUGGAAUUUUAUGAUAGGAAGCCUCUCUAGUUAGCCUUCAUGCAAUUUUAUAGGAAAAUUAAAAAGAAGCAAAUACAGUUCAGAGUUUAAAGAUGUAGAUGCCUUCCUACAUUGUUACGAUGCUUUACCAAAUCUAAGACUUCUACAUAAUGCGAAUCAGCAGUCAAAUGUAAAUCAUUAGUAUGUUGUAGAUUUACAGUAGAUUUUGGGGCUUUUUUUAGAUUUAUGCAUGUGGACAUUUUUGUAAUGUAACACAACACAGCCAGCUUUUUAAUUAAAAGAAAAAUUGCAUGUCACAGAGUAGCCUUUUCAUUUGUAAGGCUUAAUUUAUGCCCAGAAAGAUGUGGGAUGAGGGAGGGGGAAGGUGACACAUUUUUAUUACUUUAUACACUUUUUCUUCAUCUUACAUGCAUGUGUAAUAAUGAGGAAAACGUGACUUUUAUCAGUAACCAUGUUAAUGGAACCAGGUACUUAAUCCUUUUGUAUCUUUUUUCAGUUUUCUAUUUGAAAUUCAGUAAUACUUCCAUAAUGGUUCUGAAACUCCCACGUGAACCUAACACAUUUCUCAGUGAGAGAACAAACAUGUAGGCAUCUGAAUUACUGAGGAUGCCCCUGUGUAAGUGCGUUGUCCUUUACCUUUUUACCAUGACCCUCUGCUUCACUCUUUUCUGAGACUCCUUUUUUGAUUGUUUAAUGAAACAGGACAGCAGUUAGUUACCUUAGAAUGAUGGAGCAUCAGGUCACAGUAAAUGUCCCCUUCUCCUCCUAAUUUAUCUGCCACCCUCCUUCCAAAAAAACUCAAAACCAACAGAAAACCCCACAGCUCCACACAACCCCAAAAAACAGCAAUGGUAUGUCAUGGGUUUCAGUCAACAAUUUGAGAAUCAUUUUUAGGGGAGAUGAUACCUUUCUGUUUCCCAGGGUCUUCAGAUUCUAUGCUUGUAAAUUUUUAAUUUAAAAAUUUUUUUUAAUGUGGUACAGUUCAUUGGAAGAUAAAUUCUGUGAAUUGGAUUUGUAGUGCUUUGGACAAAGAAUGUGGAUCAAAAUCUUCCCUUUACCUUUGCACUGUCAAUUUUUCUGAGCCGUAACAGUGCCAUGUUUGCUUUGGGAUCAGUGCUGAUCCAAAAGAAAAGUUUACUUAGAACUUUUGGAGAGAUUAAUGUUUCAGCUUAACAGUAUAUGCAGCUCCAUUUGUAGGACAAAUGCUUUCAAUAACAUACUGUCUUAAGUGCUGAACACCAAAGCAAAACAGCACUUAGAGCUUUGGGAAGGCUUAAAUAGGAAAUUUUUCUCCAAUUCAAACAUUUCCUGUUUCUAUAGGCUCAAAUUCUAAGAGGAGACUACAGUGGAAAUAUUGCCUAACUCCAUCUAUUAAUCAUCUUUUAAAAAGAAAAACAAAAACAUUUUUCUGCAUGCAUUUAUUGAAGGCAUUAAAAAAAAAAUCUGUAGUAAGCUUGUCAAGUACUGUUUUUCUCAAAACAAGAGGAGGCAUUUUCAUCUUUGUUGAUGUAAGUUUUUGUUUUAUACAGACUUUUUGAGCAUUAAGGACGUUUACCCUUGUCAGAAAUCAUGUUUGAUUUGUUUCUAGGAGAGUUCAGGAGUAGCAUAGUUGGAAUAGCGUGAAUGGGUAGAAGUGGUCCAAAAUUAAAGGCUGAACUACUGGAUUGUGCAAGGAACUGGCUUAUGCACUAAACGUUUUGUGCCUUGGUCUACAAUUAACAUGAUUUCUGUUUAAAAGAAAAAGGAACAGAUGUUGUCUUUUGUGCUGCUUCUACAUACAUACUUUCUGUAUCUCAAACUGCCGAAUUGGUUCUUUCCAGAAAAUCAGAUUGAAUUAAGAUUACUGUAGACAUUUCCUGUCCUACUGACAGUUGCACCAUUUCCAGAGAUUUCAGUAUUGAAAAUGAACUGCAGAAGCUAAGAUUAUUUUGCUUCCUGGUAACUAAGUUCUUUAAAAACCAUACUGUGGUGGUUCUGUGCUUUUGUACAAUGGAUGUCUUAAGCUGAGGGCAGUUUAAGGGAUCCUUUCUAAUGCCAGGAAGGCGUUGCUUUCCUCAACACUGUGAUCUGACCUGUGAUAAACCUGCACUAUAGACAAGUGGCUACCAAGUCAACUGCAAACCAACUGAAUGUAAAAAUCUUAGUGCUGGUGCUGAAAUCUCUUCAGAUAGUCAUAGUGAUUUCCAGUUCAUUGUUUUAAAAAGUUAUCGAGCAUCAAGUGUCAAUCAAAGACUGAAGAUGAUCACUAAUGAAUGUUGACUUUUCAUGCAUUUAGGUUUACCUUCUUUUCAGUUUCUCAGUUCAUUCUCUGCUAUUUUUAUCAUAAUGUGUCAUUUUAAAUUUCUUACAUGCUAACGUUUUGUUUGAGCGAAUGAAAUAAAAUUGCAAUAUAUACACGUUGCCACCAUUUAUUUCUGGAACUUUGUGGAAGACUCCUCAAGGUUUACUACUCAAAUUCCCCAAAUUCUUAAUAACUGUGAUCAUUCCUUACUCCUUGAAUCCACCUCUCCUUUCUGUUUAUCCACCAGAAGAUUCAGUAAAGUGAAGACUUAAAAAGAAUGUAAUUGCAGGGACUGUGUAACAUUCAUGAACAGUAACUGCUGUACAUAAAUGAAAAUCCAUUUUAAAUGUAUGAUUCGAUUUACAUUCUCACACAGCAUACACUUUGGUCUCUGUAUCCAUGGAGAGCUUGGAAGAAAGGAAAAGACCAGGGGAAAAAUAAUUGCAGUUAGUCUGACUUUCUUUUGCAGUUUUUAUGUUCAUGACUUAUUUUUGAUCCUGGUAAUAAAGAAAACCUACCGUGAAAGAUUAAUAUAGCUUUCUGUACACUAAGGACAGUUUUGCUCAAUUUGUCUUGCAGAAGAAUAUUGAGAGUAGCUGUUUAAAUGUCCUUGGCAGCAUCCUGAAAGCUGUACUUACCUGCUUUUGUUGUUUUUUGUUCAGAGAGAUAAUGGGAUAAUCCUGCUUUGGAAAACCAUUGGACCUAGUGCCAAUUUUGGCACCAACCUUAAUGAGUUAUAAAGGGGUUUUUUAAAUAAAAUUAUCACUAGAUUCUAAAAUGGCCUUCUAUUAUUGGAGUAGUGUUUAGGCAACAAAUAUAAACAUUUCUGAUUUAAAUUUCUGAACAUUGUUAAAAAAAAAUCUGUCAUCGGUGUAGAGAGAUGUAUGUAUCUACUUUUUAAAGUUGUGCAUUACAGAAGGAAGGUGAUCUGAGGUUAAUCAAGCUGGUGUUUAUCAGCAUUUUACAUAGGUUCUUCUGAAAAUGUUUAAUUGGGCUCAGUUCCAGUGCUAAAUAUUAUUUGUCAGCAUGUCUCUUACGAUUAAUCAUAUAAAUAGUCAUACAAAGUUUGCAAAAUCAAGAGAAGAUUCCCUCUGGUUUUGAUAGGUGGACAAAACUGGGCUGAUGGGGACAAAGGAAAAGGUUUCCCAAACUGGCCUUGUACCCAAGACUACCAGUUCUCUCGGGGGCUGUAGAUUUUCCUGACUCUGUAGGCUAUUGUGGGGUAGGGAUGAGGGGGGUUGAUAGAAAGCAGGUGGAAAGGGAAGGAGUCAGCGAUUUCAGUGGAACUGGGGGCCAGUGCAAAACACUUGAAGAACAGGCUAAAGUUCACUUAAAUUGUUUGCCUUGGGGGUGAUUUGGGGCUAUAAAGUGCUGAAGAUUAUUUAAUGCUCAGUGACAUGCUAUUUAGGAGAGUCUUAAUGGAGAGACAAGUCUUAUAAAUCAACAGGCACAAUAUAUAUUUACCCAUUCAAAAGAGUGUAUCUUUAACUCAGCCCAUAUGAAGGCCUGACAGGAGUUAAAUAUUUACUUUAAUUCUGUGGAGAUGGUCACCUGUGACUGUUGAAAUUGAUACAUCAUGUCAGGAAAUAUAAACCUAAAUGAACUUGAAUAUAAAAAAAAAAAAAAAAGUGUAAUAGAACUUGGCAUAAUUGUCCAAGAUAUGGAAGAGGAGAUGCAGUUCUAGGUGUUGGGAAAGCUCAGCAAAACCUUAAAGUCGCGCAACUAGUAUCUGCAUGUUACCUGGUAAUCGGCACCUUCAUUCAUUGCACGGGGGUUCUUCAGGUAGUCAGUCAUCACAGUGAUGUUGAAAGUCUAGGAGCUUUGUAAAAUUACCUCUGUUUUAUAAAUGGAUCCCCGUUGAAAUUUCAGUCAUUAUUUAUUCAUAAAUGUGUUUUAUAUCAUUCAUUUGGUAGAGCUUAGUGUCCUGAAUCCUACUCAAUGAGUAUUCUUUAUCCAGUGUCCUACCUUGAUAAACUGUUAAAUGGCAAAGGUGUGGAGCAACUACUGCAGAUGAAUUGUAUUACUGCUCUGGCUGCUGCAGCUGUCAGCUGCAAGCUGACAGUUUUCUCUGUUGAGAUGCUUAAUUUUGCCAUCACUGUUCAGUUAUGUGGACCACGUUCUCCUCCAUUCCCAUCCUAUUUUAGAGUUGGUGUGACAUUUUCAAUUCUCUUUGCGACUACAGGUCUCUUCUUCAACUGCUCAAGCACAGUAGAGUUGGAAGUGAUCUCCCAUCAUCAUCCUAUGUUUACCAUCUUAAGUGUAAUUUUUUAUCACCAGCCAGCUGGAGCCACUGAAGUCCUUAACUCCUCUGAACAACUUGCAACUCAGCAAUAAAAUUAUCUAUGCGAACUACA